CACGCUCUCAGACGAAUCAACCGACAUUUUCACGAACUGGCGGCAACUUAAUUUGAGAAUUCCCCUCUCUCUCUCUCUAGAAGAACGCGGCGCUUUUCUGUCGAGCAGUUCCUUAGGGAUAACUGAGGGAGGGAUCGGCACACAGUAGAGAGAGAAAGAGAGGGAGAAUGGUGACGCUUGUGGUGGCGACGACUCGGGAUCCAGCUUCCGUUGGUCCUGCCUCGGCUCUCUUAGCAAUGCCCGACUGGCGCCCGGGUCCUUUCUUGCAGGAUAUUCCAAGUUUUGUUAAUGGUAAUGUGAGACUAGUGAAACAUGAUGACAGUAUUGUGGCUGAAGACAACCUCGAUAAGCGUUGGGAGAACAUCACUGGAGAGGUUGUCGAUGAAGUCAUAUUUCUUAGCCGCCAUACUGCAGUUUCCAACCGACCUGCACUUACAGUUCACCCAAUAGGUGCACCCCAUUUGCGAGAAAAUGAGAUCCCACCUGCCGGUGGAAAGCCUGGAUGGGCAGCCCCUCCUAAUCCUCGAAUAGGACCGUGGUUAAGGCUUCUAAAAUCGGUUGCUGAGAGUCAUGACCUCACUCCUGAGUUUGAGGUUACAUUGGAGGGUACGCAUCACGGUCCUGUAGUGACCGCACCAACUAUGUUCGUAGAAAUUGGUAGUACAGAAGAAUAUUGGAAGAGGCAGGAUGCUGCUCAAGCCAUUGCUCUGUUACUUUGGCGUGGACUGGGUCUUGAUGGCUGUGGUGGUGUCGGAAUUUGGAAUGGGAAUGAAGCAAGAAACAAAGUCCUACUGGGAAUAGGAGGUGGGCACUAUGCACCUCGCCACAUGGAUGUCGUAUUGAAAGAUGGAGUAUGGGCGGGCCACUUGCUUUCAGGUUACUCCUUGCCAAUGGACGAUCCUGGUCCCUCAAAAGAAAGCAAUUGUGCAGCUGGUGUUAGAGGAACAUGGAAACAAGCUAUCAAAGUCGCACACGAAGCUACUAAACUGGCUUUUCCUGGAGGAGAAAUUGUCGCACAUCUAGAUAACAAAAGUUUCAAAAGCGGGCAAAGAAAUGCAGUUACAAGCUUCCUUGCCGAAGAGAAUAUAAAGAUUGGGAAGGCAGAAGACUUCUUCUGAUUACAGAGGACACUCUUUAAGCCAAAAAAAAUAUUGUUUUUUUAAUAUUAUAUUUUGUAAAUCAUCCUCUGAUAAUUGCAUUUUUACGUGCUAAUUAUGGCAAAGAUUCCUCUUUUGCAGGAAGUAUAUGGCUAUUGAAUAUUGAAAUCUAGAAUGCAAUUCAAAAUAGGAACAAA